AAUAGACCGGUACUGAGAAACACACUUAGAAGAGACAAUAAGGAGGCCAUAGAGUCUUAAUAGAAAGAAACAUAGACAACAAGGAAGGUAAUGUCCAGAAGUAUCCCUAUUCCAAGCGCGUCCAUUAAAACCCAGAAGGAAUCCCACUCAGAAUCGGACUCCAAAACUCUAUACCCCUCCACAUCACAAAAAACCCAGAAACCCUCUCCCAUAUCAUCAUCUCCAAGUCAUAACCUCUCAAAAUGUUAUCUACCCCAAAUCCCUCCCAAAGCCACUCCUAUCAGCCAAGCCCCGCUUAGCCGCCUCCUCACCCAUACUUAUAGUUCCAAAAAAUCUUUUAAUUCUUACUCAUCUGCUUCAUGACUCUUACAAGCAUAAAAGAAGGAAUGAGUCCUAAACAAGCCUGGAUGCUUGGAGAGGCCAGUUGAUGGUGACUGUGUUCUUUGAAGUAGGUAAUUCGUAGAGAGAAGUGAAGUAAAGCUUCAGGUGCUAAUUUUGGUAAUGAUCUAAAUAGGAUUAAAUAAAUUCUUGUGAACCUUGUAUUGAACUCUAUGAAGUUUACCUUCAGACGCUCUAUCACUAUGAAAGCUGUUCUCAAGAAGACUCUGGAAGGUGAUGACAUUGUUGACUUCAGAGUGUGUGAUCCUGGCACUGGUAUUAAAGAAGAAGAUCAAGAGUGCCUCUUUAAGCUCUUUGGAUCAUCGGAGAAAAUGAAGACCUAAACACCAAUGGGUGUGGAUUGGGACUCACUAUCAGCAAGAAAUAUGUUGAGUCUCUUGGUAGAAAAAUCAGAAUAGAACCAGAGUACUGUGAAGGCACAGAUAUGAUAUUCACUAUCAGACUCAGAGAUAUCAAACAAACUCAAUGAAACAGAAGAGCUCCAGUUUCCCCUAACAACCUUCCUAUUCAAGAUCCUGAUUGGGAAAUGAGAAAUAUUGAUUUUCAAGUAAAUGAAGAGCAUUCGUCUAUGACAUCUAGAAUUAACGACUGAAAGUUCUUUGGUGGUAACGAGUGCAAGUUUUAAUUAAAUUGAUAGUCACAUUCAAUUAC